AUGUCAACUUGUUUUGUACUCUCUGAACUUUCACAGAGAGAGAAGGAAAAGAUCAUGCUUCUCUUGGCUGCUGCUGAUGAGAGUGCCUGGCAUGCUGUCCGUGAUGACUGGAACAAUCUUUACAUUGAAUGGCGGGUGAACUCCACGCAUCCUGCAUUAUCAAUUCCACCUCUCACACCCGCAGACGUAAAGCAACCACCACCACCACCACCACAACAACAACAACAACAACAAAAAGAAGAAAAACAAAAACAAAAACAACAAAACGAACAACAAAGGUGGGAUGGAAGUGCAGCAACUAGAGAGCACCGCGGUACAUCGCCGUUGGGUCGUUGGGUCACACGAACACAUGGCAUGUCCCCAUCCUUGAGAAAGUCACUAUCGUUUAAUAGUGGCCCCAAUGCUGACUCUAGUCCAUGGACUAUUGAUUGGAAUACGGACAGUGUUGUUACCGCCGAACAAUUCUACACUGCCAAUACAUCUCACCCAUUCGCUAGCGAUGACUCACAUAAACCCCAUAAAUCACAAAUACAAAAACAACAACAACAACAACAACAAAGGGUACGAAAUAGAGCAAUGAGUAGUAUGAGCGCUAGAGGCCGACGUGGAAGUUCGCAGCAUGUGCGAGGAGGUACUCCUUUUCUGAAUGGACAGUCAGUAUUUCUUCGGCGAUGCUCAACGCCUCGUCAGUCAUCUGUUUCGCUUCCAACUUCAGUGGAACGAUCUUUUUCUAGGCGUAAUAGCAACAACGUUACCUCUUCUUUAGUAUCCAAUGUAGACAAUGCUUUCAGUCACUCAACUACUACACGCUCUGCACAAUGGGUCUCACGACUAGUAGAAGACAUCAUGAGUUAUGUAGCAAAGUUGGUUACAAUUGAUAAUAGCCAAGUACGGUCAGUUGCUGCGUUGACGGUUACAGUAUUGAAAGCUCGCUACGGUGCAUUUCAGUGGAAUAAAAUGUUAAAAGAGCUUGCUUAUGGUCUGCAUCUAUACCAUAGUAUUUGUCCUCUAUGUCGCUUAUUUCGUGAACUUUUUGUAGAUGAGUCUUCCUCUGCUUUGGAAGACCUUUCCCUCUUUGCUCGACUUCAUCGCAGUGCUUUAAAGUAUAGUACGGUAGAGGUGCAGAAGGUUAUCCUUCCACAUUCUAUGAAAAACGGAGAAAAUGGUGAGGAUGACACAUCACACUCUGUUUUGCAAUAUACAAUUGCCUCUCGCCGCUAUGUGGAACUUCAUUUGCUAACAAGGGUUCUUACUGAAAUGCUUGCAGCGGUGAGUAUUAUAGAUAGUAGAAAUAUAGGCAAGAAAUGUUCUAUGGGGAACCGUCGAAAGUUAAAACCGGCGGAAGUAGUGGGGGUAAAAGCAAUUGUAGCGUACUGGGUAGAAGAGGAAUCAUGUAAUUGUGAUUCAUUAGCCUUUGAUCUUGGUGGUUAUGUAGACUUACAUGAAGUCAUCGCUGUUGUUGUCUCCGCGUUGAGAUCAUCACAUAAUCCUAACACCACUGAAAAUCCGAACGCAAUGAUGAUGAUAAAACCAACUCGAGAUAAAGAUACUCUGCAGGGUAAAAUAGAAAAGCCGAAAUUACAGAAUGAAGAUAGAGGUAGUGAAGAGGCUAUUACGUCCGUAGCACAUGCUCGUUCGAUAGUGCAAUCUCAAGGGCGUGUUCCGGAAGGAACAGUACAGUUUCUUGGAAAGUCUAAACAUCUACAAACAGCAUCACCGUCAGUAGUUUCAAAAUCUGUGCAGUUUUCCUCAAACCACUCUGAGAAAUCAACAAGGAAAAAUGAGGCUACAGAUUCUUCUAAUAUUCGAAUCUUGUUACGGGGAGUAUCAGAAGAAGAAUAUGAUGAACCGUACCAGCGUGCACAAGAGAGUGUUAAUCAAACGAUAUCGAAAGAACAAAACUUGAAGGUUUCGAAGAGGGAUAAUCCACUAAGAGAAACAACAGUUAGAGAAUGUACUCCUUUGACUAAUGGCGGUAAGUCGUCGGCAUUGGAUUCCCGACGAGAGGUUGCUGCACCUACGGAAGUUUACACCGCACCACAGCAAACAUCAGGAGCCCCACUCGUUGUAGACCUAGACCCUAAAUCGCUCGAGGGUUGUGAACAACCAUCAUCGUAUCACUCUUUGCCGUCAAGGCAGUCAACGACACAGGAUGUAGAAACACAAAAAUACGGUACUGAGACGCAGCCACAGCAAUAUUUUGCGGCUUUGGCAGCUAUUGACGCUGAACUACAACGACGCCGCGAGUUUCUUACUUCAACAGUUGCGAUUGAUCUCACCACACGAGGAAUGGUUUCAGAUACAUCUAAGGGAUUUGAUGAGCAGACAUCAGCUGCGAAAAGGAGCACACACUCACCGGAACGUCUACAGAUGCAGCAAGAUUCUACAUACACUGCUGUAGCGGCAGAGCUCGCUAAACCAAUUGAGUCCACUGCACCACCAGCUAACGCUGGUACAUUCUAUAAUGUCAAUAACCCUCCAAUGAUGCUGCAGCGUCCACCGAACUCCAUUCUAAUGCCUUCAAAGUAUCAAACACAAGUGAAGCCGGUUGGACGCCAUGGAGAAGAAGAAGAGGGUCUUCCGAUGCCGAGUGAUCUAGAAAUGCUGACAGACGACGAGCGAAACUUACUUGCAGACCUCCGUCAGGCGUUGAGUCAUCAAACAUAG